CACCGAGCGCGGAGGAGGACAAGCAGCAGAGGGGGACAGAGGAGGAGGAAGGUCCCGCCCUUGGCCGCCCGUCCCGCCCCCCGCGUCACCCGUGCGCGCCGCCUCUGCUCCGGCAGCGCCGCCGCUCCUCGGGCCGCGGGUCAGCGCGGGGAAGGCCCGUCUGUCUGUGUGUGCCCUCCAUUCCUGGGGAGAUGUCCAAUGUUUCCAGUUAUGCCCUUCGCAUGGCCCGGCUGAGUGCCCAGAUAUUCGGCGACGUUGUCAGGCGCACUGACUCCAAAUCCAUGAAAGUGGUGAAGCUGUUCAGUGAGCAGCCCCUGGCCAAGAGGGAGGAGGUGUACAACUGGUACCCCCCUCACAACACCUACUACGGCCUCAUGAGCAAACUGCGCUACUUCGGGCUCUACAGGGAUGAGCACCAGGAUUUCAAGGAGGAGAUGAGGCGAUUGAAAAAGCUCCGUGGGAAGGAAAAACCAAAGAAAGGAGAAGGAAAGAGAGCUCUCAAAAAGAAAUAGUGCUGUUGGAACAAUGUAACUGACUAUUCUGGAAAUGCUGGGGAGCAGCUGGAGAAGGCUUGGCAUGUGAGCAGCGUGUGGGGCGCAAGAAACCCACUGAAGUAGUGGACUACAUCUUGGGAAUGCACUUGGGUCUUUGAAGUUUUACUGGUUUUGAAUUUCUGUACUUCAAAUACACUGUAUAUUGCAGCACAGUAAUAAAAAAAAAAAAAAAGGUGCUCAGUGUUUUUCUUGAAAC